AUGGAACUUGAAAACAUAAAAGCAAAGGAUGGGAGAGACUUGCAUGAAAACCCAAAAGAUCCUGUAGAAUACACUGAUCCCUGGGCAGUAACUCUGGAUCUGGAUGGAACCAUCAGCUGGAAAGAGUUGCCGCCUUCAAAGCGUGCAAAGCUGUUGGUUUCAAUUCUUGUGAAGACUGUCAUUUUGCUGGUUUUUGUUUACCUUUUCAUUUGUGCUCUCGGAUUUCUAACGGAUGCUUUUCAACUUCUUGGAGGUGAAACAAAUGCUAAAAUCUUUAAGGAAAACGAAGUGCUCUCGAAUCCAGUAGCAGGAUUAAUGAUUGGGGUUUUGGCGACAGCUUUAAUUCAAAGUUCAUCAACAACGGUUUCAAUAGUUAUUGCAUUGGCUGGAACCAAAACAAUUCCUGUGAAACAAACUAUCCCUAUCGUCAUGGGUUCAAACAUCGGCACCACGGUAACCAAUACAAUAGUUUCAUUGGCGCAGGCAGGAUCACGUGAAGAGUUUAGAAAGGCUUUUGGUGGCGCCACAAUUCAUGACGUAUUCAAUUGGAUGUGCGUUAUCGUUCUCUUACCCCUUGAAGUUGUUUCUGGGUAUUUAUAUCAUUUAACGAAAGCAUUAGUAGAUUCCAUUGACACUGCAGGUUCUUCCAAGACGAAAAAGGAUUUGUUGAAGACCAUCACAAAACCGUUUAUUCGCUUGUUUGUCCAGAUUGACAAAACUGCAUUGAAAUGCAAGGCUGUGCACUUAAAUGGCACAUCACGAUCAGUGUUGAAAAGAUGGUGUGACAAAAUAAAGAUUACAACUAAUCUUGAAGAUACCUGCUUUCCAAAAAAUGUAACUGGGAACACCCGCUGCAAAAACCUAUUCGCCCUCAGCAAUCUUACUGACGAAGAAGCCGGGAUUAUUUUGACCAUUGCAGCUUUACUGUUAAUUGUUUUAUGUUUAUUCAUUGUUGUGAAGCUUUUAAAUUCCUUGUUCAAAGGAACCAUGGCAUCUCUUGUCAAGCGUUUUAUCAACGCUGACUUUCCAGGGAAACUAGCAUGGUUGACGGGAUACCUUGCCAUUCUAAUUGGGACAGGCAUGACAAUGAUUAUCCAAAGUAGCUCAGUAUUUACCUCAACAUUGACACCCCUCGUUGGAGUUGGGAUCGUAUCCCUUGAGAGAAUGUACCCGCUUACGAUAGGUGCCAACAUCGGUACUACAGUCACCGGUAUUUUAGCUGCUCUUGCUGUGUCUGAAACGGAAGUUCAUCUAACAUUACAAGUAGCCCUUUGUCACUUGUUCUUCAACAUUACGGGCACUUUAAUUUUUUACCCAUUACCAUUCAUACGAAAGGUCCCCAUUUACCUGGCAAAAAAACUUGGGAACACAACUGCUAUGUAUCGAUGGUUUGCGAUCGUGUACCUAGUCGGGAUGUUUUUUGUACUUCCUGGGGGUGUCUUCGGUUUAUCGCGAGCUGGCCCUGUCAUAUUUAUGGCGGUAGGAAUACCUCUAUUGACCUUACUGGUAAUUGUGAUCCUUGUCAACAUUCUACAGAUCAAGGCGCCUGGUUGCCUUCCUAGAAAGCUUCAAAACUGGGAGUUUUUGCCUUUAUGGCUUCACUCUCUCGAACCCUAUGACAGAAUUAUUAGUCAAUUCAUGUGUGUGACAUGUUGUAAGAGUAAACAGGAUGAGAAAGUGGACUUGAAAAUUUAAUGCGCAAACAGUACAUUUUAUACUGCAUUAUAUGUAAAUUCAUUAAAAUAUUCUGUGUUUAAAGGAAAAGUAACUUAAGG